CCCAAAACCCUCUAGAACCUCCUCCAUUUUGGCAUUUUAACAAACACUUCCUCUCCAACAGGAGCAAUGGCUGCCGCUGCCCCGCCACCGCCUCCAGCUCCCGCCCCGGAACCUGCCAUGGGUCCUCCCGAGUCUGCACCAAUAGGCCAUCCUCUCUUCACCCGCAUCCGCCUCGCCACCCCCGCGGACGUCCCCUUCAUCCAGAAGCUCAUCCACCAGUUGGCAGUCUUCGAGCGCCUCGCCCACCAGUGCGAGGCCACCGAGGCAGCCCUCUCCCGCACUCUCUUCAACUCGCCUCCGUUCCAGUCCUUCACCGUCUUCCUCCUGGAGCUCUCUCACAGCCCCCUUCCUCCAAUUUCUUCUCCAUCUUUCACACCUCACGACCGGGUUGUCAAUUCCGACCUCCCCAUCACCGAUCCCGAGAAGGAUCCUUUCAUUUCCGAUCCUAUAAACGAAAUCAUUGUUGCUGGGUUCGUGCUGUUUUUCCCAAAUUACUCGACAUUUCUGGCGAAGCCUGGGUUUUAUGUGGAGGACUUGUACGUAAGAGAAUGCUAUAGAAAAAAGGGGUUCGGAAGGAUGCUGCUUUCGGCUGUGGCAAAGCAAGCAGUGAAGAUGGGGUACGGAAGGGUAGAGUGGGUGGUGCUUGAUUGGAACGUCAGUGCCAUCAAGUUUUAUGAGCAGAUGGGAGCUCAGGUUUUGCACGACUGGAGGAUCUGCAGGUUAACUGGUGAAGCUCUGCAGGCUUAUGAUCAUGUCAAUAUUUAGACUUCGUGGCUUUUUGACAUCCACACCUGCAGAAGCUCUGCAGGCUUAUGAUCAUGUCAAUAUUUAGACUUUGUGGCUUUUUGACAUCCACAGCUGGGAAAUGAACAGAAAUGUGGGUUAGGGUUUCCCUGUAUUUCCUGCUAUUUUCCCUGUAGAUCUAUCUAUGGAAAUUUCAGUUGAUGAAGUUCUGUUCUUGUUUAAUGUUUACUGCAUUCUCUUUUUAUUUUCUUUUUACUUGCCUUUUUUUUCCUUCUCAGAAUAAUAAUAGGUGUUUUUU